UUUUCCUUUUUAGUAGUACACAAUAAUGGUUAGUCGAGUACAUAUAAAGAAUUGUCCAGAUAAGGAAAAUUGCUGCCAUUCCCUGAAGGUCAUGGACUGUGUUAUCAAUAUUGAAAAAUCAUUAAAUCGUGAACUGAUUUUAAACGGUCCCAAUUUCUUAGCUGGAUUAUUUCGUAUUACUCCUCGUAUACAGCCAAAGAUUUUACAAGCUGAGGAACGACCGAAACCAUCAUUUACUCAGCCAAAACAUAAUAGAUCUCAUGUGAACUUGUGUUCUCGAAUUUUAUCAGAAUCUAAUUGCUUACAUUCUCAGGAAUCCUUACAACUUUCUUCAAUUGAGGUGUUAAAUGUGCGUAGUGAAAAUAAUAAAAAAUGUAUAAAUGCACCAAUCAAUGAUGGAACUUUACCAAAUGCUGAGACAAUCAAAUCGGAAUUUCAUCAACAUGCAUGUAAAUCAACGCCUAAUCCUCCAGAUGAUGAGAAUAAUAGUGUUACUACCAGUCUUCAAAUUAUAAUAUCAGAGUCUAUGAAUGAAGAAGUUAAUAAUGAAUUAGCAUCAGUUGCCAAGAAACACAGACAAGAAUUGUUAAUUGCAUAUGAGAAAGCAAUACAACCAAUAAUUUCAAUUGAUCUGUUACCAGAAUAUGAAAUCAAACUUUUAUCACUAUUCCAAUAAAACUAUUUUACUACAUGUUUUUAUAUAUUCAAGAUAGUUAAUGGGCAUUUUGCCUUAGCAACAUUAUAAUAUAAUGUCUUCAGACAUUAA